AUGGCACCCCCAAGCCACGAAGCCAAUCCUCCAUUCAUCCAUCAACGCGACAAACUAUUCACCCAGCUCAACGAACAAAGCCUCCUCCUCAAAAAAUGCCCAGAAGAAUACCUCGUUAUCGCCGCCACCCUGACUGACCUCGCACAGCAAAUCGUAUCCUUCAAGCUCGACGCAAACUCCCCUCUCUGCUUCAGCGCAAAGUGCAAUGCCCUCACCACUACACUGCUAUGCCAUAGCGACGUCUUGAAGUCCCACCCAAGUCGACAUGUCGCGAUUGCUGCGUCGAUCGAUCUCAUGCAGUUGCAGCUCGGUCGACUCACCAUGAAGGCUGAUGGGGAUGAUGAGUUCGCAAUGAAGAUGGAUGCGCUGGCGAGUCGGAUGCAGACAUCCUGGAUGCCGAGUGAUGGGAUCGAUGGGAGGGAAGUGGGCGUUCAGGAGCAUUUGCAUCGUGUUUGGUGGGAGCUGAAUCUCAAGGUAGCGGAUUGUGAAUGUGCGGAUUGUGUCAGGGAGGACAAGAGGUUAGUUGCGAAGCUGGAGGUUGAUGGUUUCUGUUAA